GCGGAAGUAAACAGUAAUCACGUUACAACCCGGAAGAAUUGCCUUUCUCUGAUUAACGUUUGAAUAGACGAGAAUGACCAAUUUAUCUUGUGAAGGACCGAUUAAACGCGAUGCUGCUGACAUCGUACUGCCUUUACGAAGCUAACAUGGCUGAGCUGCAUGUUGUGGAACAGAGCGGUACUGGCACCAUAGAGCAGCCCGAGCACCGCGACGUUCGGGGCUCGAUGCGCCUGGCUUCGCCCACUCUCAUGGUUCCGCCGCGGAGCAGCCAGCUCAGUCCCGGCGGGGUGUCGAGUGGCAGCGGCGGACGCUCGGUGUUCGGCUUCCCGGUGAAAAGCAACCCGAGCUCCCCGUCCGAACCGCUGGACAAGCCGGGCUCACGCUGGGUUCGACUCAACGUUGGUGGGACCUACUUCAUCACGACCAAACAGACGCUGUGCAGGGACCCAAAAUCCUUCCUGUUCCGACUGUGUCAGGAGGACCCGGACCUGGACUCAGACAAAGACGAGACGGGGGCCUACCUGAUCGACAGGGACCCCACGUACUUCGGCCCCAUCCUGAAUUACCUGCGGCACGGGAAACUGAUCAUGGAUAAGAAUCUGGCCGAGGAAGGUGUUCUUGAGGAAGCCGAGUUCUACAACAUCGCGUCACUGGUGAGGCUGGUUAAAGAGAGGAUACGGGACAACGAGAACCGGACGUCUCAGGGUCCUGUGAAGCAUGUGUAUCGAGUACUACAGUGCCAAGAGGAGGAACUCACACAGAUGGUCUCCACCAUGUCGGACGGUUGGAAGUUCGAGCAGCUCAUAAGCAUCGGCUCCUCUUACAACUACGGCAAUGAGGACCAGGCAGAGUUUUUAUGUGUAGUUUCCCGGGAACUCAACAACUCCACCAACGGCAUCGUCAUCGAGCCCACCGAGAAGGCCAAGAUCCUUCAGGAGCGAGGCUCGCGGAUGUGAGGACACACCUGAGCUUGAUGACACUUUUUGUUAACUCAGUAAAAACUAAACAACAACAUGAACAUUUUCUCCGAUUUAUCAACAAGAUCCAUGAGUUUACUCCCCUCUUGGCCAUCUUCAUCAUCGACCCCCUUCCCUCCUCCUCCUCCUCCUCCUCCUCUGGUGUGCCUUUCCACAGCGGGGGUGGGGGGGGGGCUCCCCGACUCUCCCCCUCUCCCCCCGACUUGUCUUCUCAUUUCGUCCUCUCCAUUGUGGGCUGUGGGACACUUCAUGGGGAGUUAAAAAGGGAAUACAAGAGAAAGUGUUUUUCCUCUGAGCAGCUUUUUGAUGGUCAGUGUCACUGCGGCGGAGGCUACGGUGCUGAUUGUAGCCCCACAUCAUUGUGAGUGGGUGGACACCCAGCACAGAGCUACUGUCAUUAUCAACAUCUUCAUCCUCGUCAUCAUCGCUACUGACGGACAGGAUUCUUCCUCUCUUACACGUUUGGCUCUGUCGACUUAGCAGAAAACCUCCUCAGGGCUCUCAAAGGACACAAAGGAAUGAACACAACUCCACUGACUGAGCCUCUCUUCACCCGAGUCUGUUCACGAAGCGAGCGUCCACGCCCGCCGUCUCCCUCUCUGCACUCCCGGACUCCUGGGCUGACGUCUGAGGCGCAGCAGAACCGAGCCAGGAGGUGGAGGAUGAGCCCGAUCGCCGGUGGCAGCGUUUCCGCCCGCUCUCUUGAGUCUUCAGACCUCAAACGCUUGUCACGCAUCGUCUUGCAGAUGCCGCGUUUUGGUUUCCGACUGCGGCCUCCGAGAAAAUUUGGGAUAUUUCUGUGCAAAAGAAAAACAAAGACUCAAAGAGACUAAGCUACACCUGUGUACAAUUUGUCAAGGCAUGUGAGGAAUCUAUAUAAAUCUAUAUAGGCUACAUGAUGAAAUUAUAUGAAAAUUUGAAUGCAAAUAGUGUAAUUAUUGAUUUUUGUAUCAUAGUUGUCAUAUAUUUACAUAUUCUGGUGGAUGAGUCUAUUUAAACAAUAGAGGAAAUAUCAUUUUUCAUAAGCGGUUUUCCUGAAGGUCUCCCACUCGGUAACAUGGAUGUGAGUACGUGAAUGCGGUGCCUCUCUGCUUUCUGUCCAUGACUGAAAUAUCACACGUUUUUCAGCUGCACGUUUUCUGUAGUGUUCCUCAAGAAAAAAGCCUCCAGAUGUUGUCAGUAAUUUUCUCUUCGAUAUCCUACUUUGAUCUCUUGCAUAUCUUGAAAUUGUAACUGGAGAUCAGGAAACCUUCGGUCAUCGCCGCGUGUCCAGACCGGCGUGGCGGGAUCGGACUGUGGCCAGUUUGUAUGCUGCCUCAACCCCCCCCUCGCUGUGCUCCACUCAUGCCAGUAUUCGCCCUCUGUGAAGCUGCCUCUGGUGCCGCUGGUGGUCCACUUAACGCCCAAAUGGCUGUCUCGUCUUACGUUCUGCAGCACUUGUAGCAACCGCAGCGCAAACUGAAUCGCACUCCUCACGCUUAAGGCCCAGAGACGCCUGAGCCGGAUGGCACGGGUGUCUUCACAGGGAAGCCUUUAGUUUAGAUGUGACUUCUUCUUUCAGUGCCAGCAGAAAGUUUCCAACUUGGCUAAGAAAGUUUCUCUUGACAAUAAGUUGUCCUGUGAUGGUGCUUGUAGCAACAUCUCCAAACGAUUUUUUACAAUUAAUCGUUUAGUGUAUAAAAUAUCAGGAAUUAAUGAAGAAUGCCAAAUUCAGGUUCCUGGAGCUCACCAGGAAUCUGUCGGUCCACUGCGCCCUCCAAACACUCGCUCUUAUCAGACUUCGAUGCUGUUGCUGCUGUAAAUGAGACUUUGUAAUUCCACAUAUCAGACGAGGAAUACGAAACAUCUGUUUGUCGCCCGCCGUGCAGACUGAACUCACAUUUUAGUCACCAUCUGGCACGUCUGAUCUUUCUCCCCAGCGUUGAUCACUUUGACACGCCCGUCUUUGUAUAAAGAACAUAUUUGAUGCAGUUAUGUUAUAUCAUGCAUGAACAAAAAGAAUGCGUUAAAGCAGAAAAAAAAACUACCUUAGCUGUUGUCCUGCUCCCUGACGGCGCUCAGUCCGGCCUCGGAGCUCAAACUUUGACGUGACUUCUUCUUUGUUGUUUAUUUUCUUCCUCUCGACUGCGUUUCAUUGUGCUGAUCUGAGUCGUGAGCAGACUGUGUGCUGCUAAAGAUGCCCGGACGGCUCACUGAGGAGCACUUUCUCCUCCCUUGUUGUUCUCUGGGCCUUUGCAAAGCACCUUGGGUGUUGUUUCCCUUCGUCUGUUGUCCAGUGUUGUGCCUUUGACCUGUGUUGUGCACAGUUGUUCUCCCUUCUUAUCAUAAGGUGCCUCUCAUACCUUAAAAAAGCCAGGAGGCACCUACCUGAGGUAUAUUCUAUAAUACGGUCUUUAGCUCGUUUUCUGUUGUUGGUGUUUCAGUGAGAGGCAAACGAAUCCAUUUUCCCCUGCAAUAUUUCAUGUUUUAUGAUACCUACUGACAAACAGAAAAUGAUUUCCAGCUGCUUUCUCUGUGCUGUUCCUUUUGAGCUAAAUCCACCCACAGUCCCUUAACACCUUGAGGUUCAAAACUGUCCCUGAAUCCUGAAUGUGGUGGUUGGCAUCGUGCGUCACCAGAUGGGAUUGAAUCAGGGGGCAGUCGAUGGCAGGAAGACCAAGUCAAAGCGGGUUUUCCUUCCUGCUUUGUAUAACUCCAGCUGUGCGCUUGAUGUCGAAAAGUGAUUUGACUAUAAACCUGCCAUCAUUUGGUUUUGUAUUCUUACUUUGUUUCCCCCUGAGUUGCAUGCUGAAGCCACGACUAAAGAAUCCAUUUUGAGAUGUGUGUAAUCGACCCUGAAAGCACUUACUGUACCCGUCACCUUUGUGAACCCGGUUUUAUCGUACCUCGCACUGCUCAGUGGUUCCAAAACUGAAAGUCCCCAGGAGAGGUCACAUAUUUCUGUCAGUGAAAUCUGCUUAUUUUUAAAAUCCUCUUAAUAUUUUGCUGUAGCCAUGCUAGCAGCGCUGAAUGGAUGGCACCGUCAGUCAGUCAGUCAGUCCACCACUUUGGCCAGGACUGGGGGCUGUCAGGAUAUCAACUUCCUCUUUAGCUUUGUUUCUCAUGUGUCGUUUGUCUCUUGGCAUAUAAACUACACUAAAGACAAGAGAGCGAGUAGGGAGGAAGAGAGAUGUAAUAUCCCAGCAGCUGCUGCCAUGAACUUUUGUACAGACAUUGUUUUCCCCAGAGGGUGAACUGCUGACUCGGUGAUGUCAACAUUUGCAUGCUAACACGCUAAACUGGGACGGCGAACGUGGUCAAGUUUGUGCCUGCCAAACAUGUUAGCGUGUUAGCUCUUAGCCCAAAGCCCUGCUGUCCCAAAGUGCAGCCGUACAGAGCUGCUAGCAUGACUGCAGACCACUGAACUUGUUGUUUUGUGACUUAGAAAAUAGUUUUACCUACUGAGGAAUCAAACUGAAUGAUUUAAAUGAUCACAUAAAUUUGUCACAAGACCAAAAGUCUGGGAACCACUGACCAAGCCAACAUUGCAGCGUGAUUAUCUAAACACUUGAACCAAGCCCCUGUUUUUAAAACAAACAAACAAAAAAAAGAACUUUUGACUUUAGUUUUUACUUUCACCUGCACUAGUUAGCCUUCAGAUGAUGUGCAAUUUUAACAAAUCUGCAAAACAGUAAAAUAUAUCUCUGUUGUUUGGGCACGUGAAAACACGAGAGCAUGCGUUGUUCUAGAGAUUCUGAUGUUGUGUACUGGAUUUAGUCCGGCCUCCGUGUUCGUGCUAAGUGUCUGUGAUGCAUGGUGGGUGGAGCAGAGGGACGGCAUGGCUCUGUGGUGUGUAGGUGUAGAUUUCAUGUGUGGAACAGUUGGUCUACAGCUAGACGUGUUCUCUACUCACACGUUCUGUUUCUCUGUUGUUUUUGUAUCCUCGUCAUGUCCGUUUAACCUAUCGGUGGAUGAAAGAGUCGCUAAAGCUUCUAAUGCAGGUUAGCCAGUCGGUCAGAUGGCAGACUCCCCCCGCGACCUGCAGGUCAACACGCAGAAGAAAGAUUUUCGUAAUUCACGGAUCAUUUUUGCCAGUUAAUCUGUAAACACCUGCAUGCGUUUGUGAACAUGCACACUUGUACACUCAUUUAGACGUGUUGGAGAAAGUCACCUAUUAACAGUUACUUUGUGUUCAUUUAUCAACAGUAUUGAUGUCAAAUGUGAAUAUCGUUAAUGGAGAAAUGUUUGGAAGCUGACAAAGCAUUUUGUCUGAUUGUUUGUUUCACUUUUAUUUAUUUUGUAUUUUUUGAAUUUUGUCUACCAAUGUUGUUUCUUUACAUGUAACAAUUUUAACAAAACCCUGUCUGGUUUUUAAUCAUAAAAUGUGUCUGUGUUUUAA